GUGCUGCAGUACAACGCUCCCGGUGGGAAGUGUAACCGCGGGCUGACGGUGGUGGCCGCGUACCGGGAGCUGGCGGAGCCCGGGCAGAAGGACCCCGAGAGCCUGCGGUGCGCGCUGGCCGUGGGCUGGUGCAUCGAGCUGUUCCAGGCCUUCUUCCUGGUGGCCGACGACAUCAUGGAUCAGUCCCUCACGCGCCGGGGGCAGCUGUGCUGGUACAAGAAGGAGGGGAUCGGUUUGGACGCCAUCAACGACGCCUUCCUCCUCGAGUCGUCUGUGUACAGGAUGCUGAAGAAGUACUGCGGGGAGCGGCCGUACUACGUGCACCUGCUGGAGCUCUUCCUGCAGACCGCCUACCAGACCGAGCUGGGGCAGAUGCUGGACCUCAUCACAGCUCCCGUCUCCAAGGUGGAUUUGAGUCACUUCAGUGAGGAGAGGUACAAGGCCAUCGUUAAGUACAAGACCGCGUUCUACUCCUUCUACCUGCCCGUGGCCGCUGCCAUGUACAUGGUUGGGAUCGACAGUAAGGAAGAGCAUGAGAAUGCCAAGGCCAUCUUGCUGGAGAUGGGGGAAUACUUCCAGAUCCAG